AUGGGAAGCUGCCCUUGGUCCCAUCCACCUGCCCUACGCAAAGCUGCCAAGGACCCCACGCCGCAUGGAAACACAGGCAACUGGGUCCACCUAGCUUGGAGAGAGCGGCACGAAGCCUGCGGCGCAAAACCGUGCCCACAUGGAAAGAAAUUGAUGUCCCUCUGGUUCCUGAUAAUUGGUGUUGUUGCCGUCCUUCUUUGGGGACUUUUCAGUUUUCCUAGAAAAUCAGAAGUCACACGACUGAUCAGAAAUAAGACAUGUGGUGAAGAAGCAAAGAUAUGCAUGAAUUCCUGGAAGAAACUUAAUCAGAACUGCUUCUUUCUUUUCCAUCAUAAAAGUUCAUGGCUCUCUGCACUGGAGAACUGCCAAAACUACGAUGGAACUCUGGCUAAAUUCAACAACAAGAUCGAAUUGGACACUCUUAUGAACCAUGUGAAGGUGGGAAGUUCUUCGUAUUGGAUUGGACUGAACAAACGAAAUUUACUCAGGAUGUGGGUUUGGACAGAUGGAAGUAAAUACAAUAAUUUGAUGAGAAUACAAGACCAUGGUCAGUGUGCCCUCAUGUAUAAAGAUGGCAUAGCCAGUAUCCAUUGUGAAGAUCUAAAUGACUAUAUUUGUAUCAAAGCAAGCCAAUGCCCUUGAAGAUUUCUUCCAAAAGAAAAUGAAGGAGCAGUGUCUUGUUUUAUGCAUGAUGUUUUUUCCUCCUCACCGACACGGUUUUUAAAUAAACUUUGACUGAUAAACAUUUACAUGAAUUUUAUCUUCACUAGAGAUUAAACUAAGUUUGACAUAGUACUUCUGGGUCAUCAAGUUGGUCCGUCAGAGGCUAUGAGCGUGAAGGAUCUUGCUUGGAAGUAUCCAUCUCAGUGGACUAUACUGGAGUGAGGAAAGAAGAGAGAGAAAGA